AUGCGUGUCCUUGUUCCCUUGACUGCCUUAGUGGCCACGGUCGCGGCUUUGAGCAGCCCCCAUCGCAAGGCCACGAAGAAAUCCAGUGUCGCCAACCAUAUUCAGAAGCGAGACACCCACUCCGUGGACCAGGCUGACUAUCAGUACCUGAACAAGAAGACUCAGCAAUUUCUUGUCAACGGAAAGCAUUUCCCUCAGGUUCCGUUUGACAUUGGAGAGAGUUAUUCAGGACUGCUAUCCAAUACACCUCAUGGAAAUUCCAGUUUGUUCUUCUGGUUCUUCCCAUCGACAAACCCUGAUGCCAAAAAAGAGAUUACCAUCUGGUUGAAUGGCGGUCCCGGUUGCAGUUCCCUCGACGGCCUUCUCCAGGAACAUGGCCCUUUCCUGUGGCAGUCCGGCACAUACGAGCCUGUUCGCAAUCCUUACUCGUGGACGAACUUGACCAACAUGGUUUACAUCGACCAACCUGCCGGUACGGGUUUCUCCCCCGGCCCGGCUACUGUGCAGGAUGAGAUCGACGUCUCGAAUCAGUUUAACGACUUCUGGAAACGUUUCAUCCAAACCUUCAGCAUGCAGGGUUACAAGAUUUACAUCACCGGCGAGAGCUAUGCAGGCCAGUACAUCCCGUACUUGGCUUCCGGGUUCCUCGACCAGAACGAUACCACCCACUUCAACCUGAAGGGCAUCCAAAUCAAUGACCCAUCUAUCAAUGAGGAUAGCGUCAUGAUCUACGCUCCCGCCGUGGCUGCACUGAAUCACUUUUCUAACGUGUUCACCUUGAACGAUACAUUCCUUGCCGACAUCAACGAGAAGGCCAAAAAGUGUGGCUACAACAAAUUCCUGGACACUGCCCUCACCUACCCCCCUCCCAAGGACUUCCCUGUCACCCCAGACCCCAACGAAGACGGCUGCAAUGUUUGGGAUCAGAUUUUGGUGGCCGCAACAUACAUCAACCCUUGCUUCAACAUGUACCAUCUGACAGACUUCUGCCCUUUCUUGUGGGAUGAAAUGGGAUUCCCCUCUUUGGCUGGAGGCCCGAACAACUACUUCAACCAGUCCGCUGUUCAAAAGGCCCUUCACGUCCCGCCUACUAACUACGCAGUCUGUGGAGGUGAUAUCUUCGGCAAGAAGGGCGAUCAAUCCGUUCCUAGCGCCCUUGGCCCUCUCCCCAGCGUCAUUGAACGGACUAACAACGUGCUCAUCGGUCACGGAUGGUUGGAUUAUCUCCUCUUCCUGAACGGAACUCUUGUUACUAUUCAGAACAUGACGUGGAACGGUGCCCAGGGUUUCCAGAAGCCACCAACUGAGCCCCUGUUUGUGCCUUACACAAGUGCGCUGGACACCGUUGCGAACCAACAGGGCUCCAUCCCAUGGACCAAUGACGCGGGUGGUGGCAUCCUUGGUACUGCGCACACUGAGCGUGGCUUAACCUUCAGCUCUGUCUAUGGAUCUGGACAUGAAAUUCCGCAGUAUGUCCCUGGUGCCGCCUACCGUCAGCUUGAAUUCCUGCUCGGUCGCAUCAAGAGUCUCCAGGACAAGGGGCCCUACACUACCCAGUAG